AUGUUCUUUAAGUGCAUUCUGAAUAGACAGUUAGCACGAACAGUGGUAUUGGCGUCACGUUCGAAAACUAAAGACAGAAGAUUGUCAGAACAAAGAUUAGUAACACAUGAAUUGUUGGACAGUAUCGAUAUCUCAUGGUACAAAAUAUUAGAAAACGAAUUUUCGAAAGAGUACUUCAAAAAAUUGAUUGAAUUCAUUGCUGAUCAACGAGAGACACGUGUGACUAUUUAUCCUCCGUUGCAGCAAGUCUUUACAUUUACACGAUUGUGUAAACCAAAUGAAGUGAAAGUUGUUAUUCUUGGACAAGAUCCAUAUCAUCAACCUAAUCAAGCACAUGGCCUCAGCUUUUCCGUUCCAAAGAACGUUCCGAUUCCACCGAGCUUACAAAAUAUAUUCAAAGAAGUGCAAAAUGACUUAUCGAAUUUUAUUAUUCCAAAACAUGGCACAUUGUUUGGCUGGGCGAGACAAGGUGUUUUAUUGUUGAAUACUUGCUUGACGGUAGAAGAAAAUCGAGCCAAUUCUCAUAAAAACAAAGGAUGGGAGAUAUUUACGGAUAGUAUCAUUCGAUAUUUCAAUCAUCAAUCAUCAAAUAUUGUUUUCUUACUCUGGGGUCGCGAUGCUCAGAUGAAAGCAGCACAAAUCGACAAAACGCGUCACUAUAUAUUAACCGCUCCACAUCCAUCACCGCUAUCAGCCAGUAGAGGUUUCCUAGGCUGUAAACAUUUUUCUCAAGCUAAUGUUUAUCUGAAAGCUGCUGGUAUACCCGAAAUCGAUUGGUUUCAAUUACCAUCGGAAGACAGUCUCUUACACGACUAA